AUGACUCAAACAGCCCAGAACUUGUUAGUACAUAGGGCUCGCUUUGUGGACUACAAUGGUGCCAACAUAACUGCCCUUUCUUUCUCGCACGGCUCGAGACUGGACAAGAGAACUCCGUCAGACCUAAGGCUGGCGCUAGGCAGGUCCAACGGAGACAUUGAAAUUUGGAACCCCCGUAAUGGAUGGUGCCAAGAACUCGUCAUCCAAGGUGGCGAAGGACGUACGAUAGAAGGACUUGUGUGGAGUAACAUUUCUGGGGAGCCGUUGCGGUUAUUUUCUAUUGGUGGCUCGACUGUCGUCACUGAAUGGAACUUGGAAACAGGACUACCGCUCAAAAACUAUGACUGCAAUGCCGGUGUGAUCUGGUCAAUGGCGAUGAAUGAAUCUCAGAACAAGCUAGCUGUCGGCUGCGAUAACGGAUGCGUAGUGGUUAUCGACAUCUCCGGUGGGUCCGGCGUAAUGGAACAUGAAGCCGUGCUUCAGAGGCAAGACUCAAGGAUACUGUCGGUUGCUUGGAGAAUGGACGAGCAUGUUAUUGGUGGCUGUGCUGAUGGAAGAAUAAGAGUGUGGAGCGCACUGAAAGGAGCGGAAAUGAGAGGUAGAAUUUUGCAAACAAUGAAGGUCGACAAAUCGAAGAAGGAAUCAACUUUGGUUUGGUGCGUCACCUACUUGCCCAAAAUUGACCAGAUUGUUUCAGGAGACUCCACAGGUUCUGUUAAGUUUUGGGAUUUCCAAUACUCCACUUUGGCGCAGUCUUUCAAAGUUCAUGAUGCCGAUGUUCUAUGCCUAACAGCAGACGAGACGAACACCAAGGUAUUUAGUGCAGGUAUCGACCGCAAAAUCUACAACUUCUCGUUAGCACCAUCGAGCUCAAACAAGAAAGCCGCUCGCUGGGUGGUUUCGUCCAAUAGGCUGUUGCAUUCGAACGAUGUGAGGACUAUGGCUUCAUACCAAUCGAAAGGUGCAGACUUUUUAGUGUCUGGCGGUGUUGAGAAGAGCUUAGUCAUUAGCUCAAUGGGCUCCUUUUCCGAGGGAAGCUACCGUAAGAUCCCGUUUGUUGUACCAUUUCACAAAAAUGUUUUGGUAAAUCAGCAGCAGAGACUUUGUGUGAUGUGGCAACAAUCUACAGUUAAAAUAUGGGCCAUGGGCGAUGAGGCUGAUAGCUCCAAUAACUACAAGCUUGUAUGCAAGCUCUCAUUAAAAGACGAGCAGAAUAUUUCAACGUGCGCUUUGUCUCCUGAUGGCCAGGUCUUAAUCGUGGGCAGGGCAACUACUACAAAGAUGUUCCACCUGUUGCCAAGCAACGACAAGUUGAAGGUUACAAAGCUGGAUAACGACUUUUUACUAAAGAACGGCACGAGCCAUGUUAAAUUUGUUGACAACUCAAGAAUAGUGAUAGUUUCUCCCAGAAACGACUUCCUGCUAUUGAACCUAGAAGACGAAGACUCCGAUGAAAAACCUGUGAAGAUUGAACUGCCGGAUCUGAAAGAAACUAACACUGGAAUAAAGCUACCUCACAUCAACUCCAUCAAUCAUCUAGAUGUCCGCGGCUCGUUUGCGGUCAUAUCUCGAAUUUGUGGUGCUGUAGAUCUGGUAAACCUAGAGAGCACUUCGGCAGUUCCGGUAGCUCGCUUAAUGAACCUUAUUACCGCUAUCCACAUUAGCACUAGAAGAACCAUUGCUCUAACAACCGCAGAUAACAAGGUGCUUGAGUUUCUCCUACACGAGGAAGAUGGUGUCAACGUUGGCACCAUUUCUCCUUGGUGCAAGAAAAAUAAAGACUACCUGCCAAAGGAGUUUGAACAGCAAAAGGAUAAGUGCUUAGGAAUUUUCAGCGGCUCUCCUGAUGAUGACUCUAUUUGGUUUUGGAGUUCCAAUUACCUCGCUCGUUUCGAUAUGUCUCAAGACUUACCUCUAAACACUAGAAAGAGACCAAGAAAGCACAAAAUCGAUGAAAAUACGGUCACUGACAAAAGCACCUUCAUAGAUGAAGGUGAAGAAGAGGAUGACGAAGAUGAGGAUCUUAUGGACGAGACUUCUGACCUUUUGAAGAGCGACCUGGGGAAGGAGGAUAGCACCAAUAGGGUCGCCAAAAACAACAAACCCUUUUUCAUCACUGACAAAUACAGAUCGUUGUUAUUUGCUGAUUUGCUCGCUAGAGAUCAAAUAGUUGUGGUUGAAAGGCCAUCUUCGACCAGCUCUUCAGCAGCUGCCUUUGAUUUACCGAAGAUUGUAUUUUGA